CAAAACAGUAGUGUUAUAAAUUAUUAAAAAUUGUGACGUCUUGGUUUAUAUUUGUGUCUGGACUACAACUCCCGAAGACGUCGGGGUCUGCAACCAGCUGACAUCCGGCGUCUUCCCGUCCAUUAGCCACCGAUAUCCACAGUCCUCGAAAUCCAACUACACUCGAUAUUUUCCUUAUGCAAACCGAUCCCCGCUGAUUCGUCAACAUAACUGAAUGCAAAGUUUUAUCAUAGUCGUCAGAUGCAGGUGAGAUCAAUCAAGGGCUCUGGCCCAGUCUCAAGCAGCUGAAGCACGCCAGGCCGGUCCACUGUUCUGCAUCCACGGCUUUCCUCCUUAUUGAGUCAUGACCUCCAAGAGGGAUCGUGAUGUGCUGGUUCGCCUCAUUCUGGUCAGUGGGAAAACAGAAGACUUCACUUUCUCCCCGAAUGACUCGGCCACGGACAUCGCCAGACAUGUAUUUGAGAACUGGCCUCCAGGAUGGGAGGAGGAGAGCGUGAGGAGUCCCAGUAUACUGCGCCUCAUCUACCAGGGGCGCUUCCUUCAUGGCAAUGUGACCCUGGGAGCUCUAAAGCUGCCACCGGGCAGAGUAACUGUCAUGCAUCUGGUUGCAAGAGAGACGCUUCCAGAGCCCAACUCUCAUGGUCAGAGGAACAGAGAAAAGAACACAGAGAGCAACUGCUGCCUCCUCUUGUAAAGCAACAGGAAAAGAAUCCACCUCACCCUCACAAGCAUAACACACACACACAAACACACACGUAUACCCGCAUACACUCUGUUCUCUCCUGCCCACCAUUCUGAUGGCUACAGAUCUGGAUCAAAUCAGGAAGUCUGGUUUGGGUUGGUAUCUGCAUUGGUUGAACUCUUGUCUAAUCUGAGGCUUUUUUGUGCCAAUAUAUUCACCUUUUGCCCCCGAACCUUGACUUUGUCAACAGAAUUUGCUGUUGUUGGGCUUUUUUUGUUUCAUAAUCAUGACCUUAACAUUAUCUUUGCUUCAUCACUGACAAAUUCUCCACUGGAAAGGUUUUACAGAGCUAUCAGACUUACCAAGAACUCAUCGUUCCUCAUGAACGUGGAAGAACUAUAAUGGAUGUGUGGACCCAUCCACAUGGAUGUCUGUCUGGGUGUUAACCCUUAUUAAUUCACAACUGUUUAUUGUAUCAUCUUCUCCAUCAUGGUUUAUAUUUUUCAUUAGAGGAGCACACCUUCAUUCCCCAUAGUAGUGUAGUAAACAUGCUGUGCUCCUCUGUUCUGCGUCUUAUUAACUGAACCAUUGAAUUUGUAUCAUCAGUGGCGUUUGUGCCAUUAGCUGCAUCCCAUUUGUUCCUGGUAACAGACCAGGGGGGACGACUUUUAUUGGGAGGAGCUGCACAAACAACUGCGGGAUGAUCCGGUGCAGAGAACCGACCGCAAGCUCCCAGCGAGGCUUGUACAGACGGAGUUUGGUGGAUUUGUGUGCCUCCAGGUGUCAUAUUUGCACCCCUGGCGGUGAUUUCAUUGACGUGACUUUCGCUGCUCCCCCGUCAUGGGAACUGACACAGCGCGGGCCAGUUAAACGCAGACAGAAGAAGUGUUAGGACACGAUAGGGAGGCGUGUUGUCAGUGUGAGACCCUCUUCUAUUGGACUCGGAAAAUGUUGGUGGUGUUUGACCUUUUCAUCUGGAUGCUGUCUUCUUGUUUGCCUUUUAUUGUGGAAUUCAGUAAUAUCAUUAAUAUUGAAAUUUAAAUAUCGAUUUUUAUCUUGUGUAUAGGUAUUUGUUGAAUUUUAGUGUGGGUGAGUUUGUCUGUGCGUGCGUGCGUGCGUGCGUGUCUGAGGGUGUCUGAUCCACGUGGGAUAGUGAAUGAGGAAUAGUAAGGGCAUGUCAUCAUGGGGGAAAAAAAAGUAAGUGAAAGCACUGAGAGUGUUGAUGGGCUGCGGUUUCUUCAGAGACAGUUGUAAACCUUUUGAUUCCAUCCACUGAGUGUCCCUUGGUUUGUGUUUCUGUCAAUCAGUGUCACUGCUAUGACGUUUAGCUCAGUAUGAGUAAAUGUACAAACUAAAAUGCAAUGUGGUCUACAUAAAAAGCUUGUAUUAUAAAUUAAUAAAUCUUUAAAUAAGG